UCUCCUCAUUUUCUCCCGAGUGUCAACAACAAACCCGCAACUGUGCAGUCCAGUCCAUAACUGUAGACUUCGCUCGCUCUUCUUCUCGUCCUCUCUUCUCUUCUCUUUCUCUCCUUCCUUCUUCUUCGCGUCCGAUUCGGUGCCAAGACCUGCCUGUUCCCCCAGAUCACCGCCACCUCCGACGCUCGCUCGAUCAGAUCCGAGUCAGUCCACAACCUCCCGAUGCUCCCUCGAUCCAUGGCCGUCUGAUCCAGCCAAGAGAGAGACAGAGGGACGGUCCGGAUUGGCGAGAGGGUCCGGGGAUGGGCCACCUGAGCCUGCCCGCGUCGAAGCGGAGCCCCCGCCAGUGGAAGCUCCUGGACCUCGUGAUCGCCGUCCUCCUCGGCCUCGUCCUCCUCUUCUUCCUCCUCGUCUUCACCCGCCUCGGCGACUCCCUCGCCGCCUCCGGCCGCCAGUCCCUCCUCCUCGCCUCCCGCGACCACGCCCGCCUCGUCGCCGCCGUCGAGUCCGGCAAGCUCUACCCCAGCCACAUCGAGUCCUGCCCCGACGACUACGCCGACCACAUGCCCUGCGAGGAUCCGCGGCGCAACAGCCAGCUCAGCCGGGAGAUGAACUUCUACCGGGAGAGGCACUGCCCGCCGCCCGAGGGGACGCCGCUCUGCUUGGUCCCCCCGCCGGAGGGGUACAAGAUCCCGGUGCAGUGGCCGGCCUGCUUGGAUAAGAUAUGGCACAGCAACAUGCCGCAUAAUAAGAUAGCAGACAGGAAAGGCCACCAAGGAUGGAUGAAAGCAGAGGGUCCUUACUUCAUAUUCCCGGGGGGCGGCACGAUGUUUCCUGAUGGAGCUGGACAUUACAUUGAAAAAUUAAAACAGUACAUUCCUAUAACUGGUGGAGUUCUGAGGACUUCUCUUGACAUGGGAUGUGGGGUAGCCAGCUUUGGAGGAUCUCUGCUUGGUGAAGGAAUUCUGACAAUGUCGUUUGCUCCGAGAGAUUCGCACAAAUCGCAAAUACAGUUCGCUCUGGAGAGAGGAAUACCAGCAUUUGUUGCCAUGCUUGGCACUCGGAGGCUCCCAUUUCCCGCCUUUUCUUUUGAUUUUGUCCAUUGCUCCCGCUGUUUGAUCCCAUUUACAGCAUACAAUGCCACAUACUUCAUUGAAGUGGAUCGUUUACUUCGCCCUGGGGGAUACCUGGUCAUCUCUGGCCCUCCUGUACAGUGGCCUAAGCAGGACAAGGAGUGGGCGGAUCUUCAGGCUGUAGCAAGGGCAUUGUGUUACGAUCUGAUUGCUGUGGAUGGGAACACUGUGAUUUGGAAAAAGCCUGGUGGAGAUUCAUGUCUUCCCAAUCAAAAUGAAUUUGGGCUUGAACUAUGUGAUGAAUCUGAUGAUCCAAGUAGUGCAUGGUACUUCAAGUUGAAGAAGUGUGUAGCCAGGACAAGUUCAGUGAAGGGGGAUUAUGCAGUUGGAAUGAUUCCGAAGUGGCCAGAGAGGCUGACAAAAGUUCCUGCACGAGCCAGGCUCGUGAAAAAUGGAGUUGACCUAUUUGAGGCUGACACCCGACGAUGGGCAAGGAGGGUGGCCUACUAUAAGAAUUCACUGAACUUGAAGCUAGGAAGUCCAGCAAUUCGAAAUGUAAUGGACAUGAAUGCAUUCUUUGGAGGCUUUGCAGCAGCAUUAAUAUCUGAUCCUGUUUGGGUAAUGAAUGUUGUUCCUGCUCGCAAGCCAUCAACCCUGGGUGUAAUUUAUGACAGAGGACUUACUGGAGUAUACCAUGAUUGGUGCGAACCUUUCUCCACUUAUCCUCGUACUUAUGAUUUUAUCCAUGUCGCUGGCAUAGAAUUGCUGACAAAAGACCCGAGUACAAGCAAGAGCAGGUGUCACCUUGUGGAUUUGAUGGUUGAGAUGGACCGGAUAUUGCGACCAGAAGGGAAAGUAGUAAUCCGCGAUUCACCUGAAGUAAUUGAUAGAAUAUCUCGUAUAGCCGAUGCGGUCAGAUGGUCGGCCACCAUACACGAGCAGGAGCCUGGCUCCCAUGCGAGAGAGAAGAUUCUCGUCGCGACCAAGAGUUUCUGGAAGCUUCCCACAUCGUCCAGCUGAUGCAUCCUUAAAUUCUUGUACCUUUAGGGGCAUGGCUAAAAUUUUUAAGUUACUUUGCUGCCCCCAUAUUGGGUCUGUUAUAUGUGCAUCAAACAGAUGCUGAUUUGAUCUUUGAUCUCCAUUCAAAGUACUUAAGAUGGAGAAAAUCAGAUGGAGAGAAUGUAUUAGGAGGAUGCAGGGCUUGUAUGCUUGUAGGAUGUAUUAGCAAAAUAUCUCUUAUUGUUCGUCAAUUUGAUUAUAGGUUUAUCUUACUGCAUGCAAUUUUCUCUCCUUUGUACCAAAUUGCUGAAAUGUAUCGAAAUGCUUACUAAAGUUUCAA